CCCUCCCCGGGGCGUGUCCGUGCGGCGCCGUGCGUGUGACGUCACAAAAGGAGUCAGAGGCGGAGCCCGGUUGGGUCCGGCUGAGGGAGAGAUCGUUUGAGAGAAGCGAAUAGUUUGACCCGCGCCCUGGGGAUUAGAAGCGCCAGAGAGUCCGCAGUCUGAAAGCUCCCCCGCCCGCACUGACUCCUCUUCUACUGACACCCGAGCGGGGAACCGUGAGCUGCUGUGACUGAGACAGGCCCGGGCUCUCUGACUCACACACUGGGGCCCGGGGAGUCACAGGGACUCACUGAUACACAGGCCGGGGAGUGGAGGCGCCUCUAGUGGGACCUGACAGGACUCGCUCAGCUCCCCGUGCCCUCUCCUUCCUUCAUCCGCUCACACUGUGGCCCCUCAGGGAAGCACUUCCGGUGUGGCUCUAGGGGCCCCGAGACACUUCUACUGUGGGAAGCUGGGCCCUCCCCCAAGUGAACUGCUAUUGUGUCUCCCUCAUCCAUUCCCAGCUCCAUUCUCUGUCUGUGUGGCCCCUGAAUCCCAACAGAAGCCUUUGUGUGGCCCCUGAAUCCCAACAGAAGCCUUUGUGUGGCCCCUGAAUCCAACUACAGUCACUGCCCCAACAGAAGCCUUUGUGUGGCCCCUGAGAGAGACUGAUUGAGCUCCACAAAUAGUGACCCACUUUCAACCCAUUUUUCUGGUCUCCCCCAGUUCCCCUUCCAAGUGGAGACCCCCCAUCCCUGAGAGAGACUGCCUUGUGUUAGAGAAGGGCCCCUAAGAGACACAGUUGCUGGUGUGUGGCCCCAGUAGAGAAUCUCUUUGCCCCCACACGUUGCCCCCUGUGGGGAGAAGCAGCCGCCACCCUCUCAUCUCUGUGCCCACCAUGGCCCACCAGCAGAUGACCAGCUCCCAGAAGGCCCUGAUGCUGGAGCUGAAGUCCCUGCAGGAGGAGCCAGUGGAGGGAUUUAGAAUUACUCUGGUUGAUGAAAGUGACCUGUACAAUUGGGAAGUGGCAAUAUUUGGGCCCCCCAAUACUCUUUAUGAGGGGGGCUAUUUUAAGGCUCACAUAAAAUUCCCUAUCGACUACCCGUAUUCUCCUCCGACCUUCCGGUUCCUGACAAAGAUGUGGCAUCCCAAUAUUUACGAGAAUGGUGAUGUCUGCAUUUCAAUCCUUCACCCCCCAGUAGAUGAUCCUCAGAGCGGAGAGUUACCGUCAGAAAGAUGGAAUCCCACGCAGAAUGUCAGGACUAUAUUACUAAGUGUCAUUUCACUGCUCAAUGAACCAAACACAUUCUCCCCGGCCAAUGUCGAUGCCUCGGUUAUGUUUAGAAAAUGGAGGGACAGUAAAGGAAAGGACAAAGAAUAUGCAGAAAUUAUCAGGAAACAAGUUUCGGCCACAAAAGCGGAGGCAGAAAAGGACGGAGUGAAGGUCCCCACCACGCUGGCGGAGUACUGCAUCAAAACCAAAGUGCCUUCUAGUGACAACAGUUCUGACUUACUUUAUGACGACUUGUAUGACGAUGACAUAGACGAUGAAGACGAAGAGGAGGAGGAUGCGGAUUGUUAUGAUGACGACGACUCUGGGAAUGAAGAGUCCUGACCUGCUCUUGAUUCCCUUUGUUUUUCCCACAGCCUGAUCCUUUCCACCUCCCUGCUCUCCUCCUCUCUCCACUCCUCGGCUUCCUCCUGCUGCUCCUUCUACCCCUGCUAACUCAGGCCGGAAAUGGAGCACAUCUCAACUGGCGGGAGUCAAGAAAUCAAUCAAACCGUCGCUCUCUCUUCUCAAAGACCAACUUGCCUUUUGCAUCCUGCAGCGAGAGACGCAUGGACUGCGUUUGUUUUACGGACAAUGGAUGGGAAAGCGGCACGGAAUCUCUGCAAUUCCUCUAUGCUGUAACACAAAACUAUUUUGUUUUCCUAUUGGUCCUUAUACCUUCAUAAUCUGUUGAAAGGCAAACAAAACAACUUGGUUUUGAUUGUACUUGUGAAGGAGACUGCGGUCACCCCGGUGCCCCCUCUUUGCUGGUUUCUUUAUCCGUUGAGGGAAGGCGACUUUCAUUUUGGAAUUGAUGCAGAGAAGCGACUGAGCAAACGUAAGAUGUAACCAUGAUGCAAUAUUGCCAAGGUUCCAGCAAUCACACUUGUACCUUUUUACAUUUACCUCAGGAGAUCCUUCAAGGCCUCUACCUGUGCAGAGCCUCCAACAUGGCACCCCCAUCCCCAGUUGUGAAACGCGUCAGGGCCAGCCGGGGGCCCUUAUUACUACUGCUGUCAGCGUGAAUGGCUUUCUGUCUGUGUCGGUGAAAUGUAGAGAAGCUACAAAUAAGCUGGAGAGACAACAGGGGUAUUGUGGUAUGCGGCACAACACACUUUAUUGCUACAUCUUCACAACUGAAAAACACAACAAAACAAAAGUGUACAGAUAUUUUUGUGCAAGAGGUCAUGGCUUAGCUAAUGUGUUUCCUUUCUGUUUCUCUCCUUGUUUUUAAUUUUCUCUAGAUUUGUUUUUUUCUUUUCUUUUUGUUGUUUCUUUUAAUGUUUUUUUGCAUUCUAGCACCCAUGGCUGCAAAAAAAAAAAAAAAGGGUAUUACUGCAGUUGCAGGGCUCUUGUGGUAUGUUUGUUUGUGGGUGUCUUUCACUGUUGUAAAGCAGAAGGACAAAUAAAGCAAGAUGUGAAAUCCAAAA